UGUGUGUGUUCCAGAUGAAGAAGGAGCUGGCUGACAACGACUCCAUCAGUCAGGAGGUGGUCGGUAACGCCCACAUCGAAAACUACGCCUUAAAGAUGUUCCUCUACGCCGACACCGAAGACCGGGCCGCCCGCUUCCACAAGAACAUGAUAAAGUCUUUCUACUCGGCCAGUCUGCUGCUGGAUGUCUUGUCUGUGUUCGGGGAGUUGUCAGAGGAGAACAUCCAGCACAGGAAGUACGCCCGCUGGAAGGCCACCUACAUCCACAACUGUCUGAAGAAUGGAGAGACGCCUCAGGCCGGGCCCAUCGGCAUGGACCAGGACGGGGAAGCAGACGAGUACGGAGCUGAAGGUUCCUCGGGUCAGGGUUUCUCCCACAUGGGUUCCUUCAGGGGCGGGCCUUCCUCCGGGUCCUUCGAGGACCACGACCCGAGUUUGGGUCCGGGUCCAGCCCCAGGGAUCGGCUUUACUCCGGGGCCAGGAUCGGUGCCAACGGGCCCGCCAACCACAAACUUCAACAACAUCCACAUCCCGCCAGGAGCCCACGCGCCGGCCAACACUCCCGCUGAGCUGCCUCCACCCACAGCAGAAGCCGUGAAACCAGUGCCUCUUCCCAGAUCAGUGCCUACUGUGGACCCCACACUGAUCCACGGCCAGCAGCAGGGCGGAGUCCAUCUCACCCCGGAGGACUUCACCAAGGCGCAGAAGUUGUGCAAGUACGCUGGCAGCGCCCUGCAGUACGAAGACGUGGGCACGGCCGUGGAGAACCUCCAGAAAGCCCUGAGGCUCCUCACCACUGGCAAAGAAUGAAGCCUUUGUCCUCCUCCGAUCUGAUCCCUCCCUCCAUCCCUCCAUCCCUCCUUCCUCCCUCCUUCCUUCCUUCCUUCCUUCCUUCCUUCCAUCUCGCUUCUUUUCUCCGCAGCAUCUAUCUGUCACUGAUCUGGCCCACGGCGAGUUGAAGACGCAGGCACGAAUACACACA